AUGGAAGAAAAGAGGUGGCAAGCCUUGCUGCAAGACAUGAAAAGGAGGGGGUACAAGCCAACACCCCAUGAGGAGAAGAUAUCUCAAAACUUCCACAACGCAAAGAACAAAUUUGAAGCCUUCCCAGAUCUGUUUGGGCUUAAGGCUCGGCAUGUCAGGUACCUGGUCCUGGUCCCAGCAACGCUCGAGAUCUGCAAAAACCAGAUCAAGGACGGUGAGGAGUACACAUUGCACAGGACUAGAUGUCUGGAAAGCAUGGAAAAGGUUUACGAAGUCAUGGACCAGCACCAUCUUCACAUCCCAGAAGAUGCUUUUUGGAAGUUGAAAAAGGCUACAGACCUCUGUUUGCAGAAAGGCAAGAAGUACACCUGGGCAACGACCGGCGUCUGGUUUAAGCAGUUGGAGUCAGAGCUGAAGAAACUAUUCUCAUUCGAAGGCGGAAAGCCCUUGCAAGUUGCCGCGGAAUUGGGUUCAAUUACGAGCGUUGUCAAGUUGUACUUGCAAGAGUUAGCGGGUGAGCACCAAGCUGAUGUUGCCACAGCGCUGGGCUGGGACCCCUUCGACACGGAGCAUUGGCAGUCCCAGCUCGCUGAUGAUCGAUUGCCAAGGCCCCAACGCACAGCCUGUGCUGGGUGGCUGGUGCCUCUUCCGUGUCAUGCCAUCCUUCAUCAGUUUAACUCUUGGGCCACGGUGCUCAGGUCUGAAGUGUUGCAGCAGCCUUUUGCGGGCAUUGUGGGCCUUGAGGCCCUCUGCUUGCAAGGGAGGGAGAUUCCUGCGGUGCUGAAGGACACCUCGGAGACGUCGAUUUCUGCUCAGCAACUGGCUGACCUUGAGGCCAUCGCCUCUACCUUGGGUGCCAGUGAGGCGAUACCUCAGGCAGAGCUCUUGGCGCUGCCAGAGGAGCCCGAGGUGGUUUUGGCAGAGAGCGAGGCUCCGAUGCCAGGAUUAGGUUACAUUUCAGGGCGCGCGCGCAAAUCCUUCCAGAAGACGGCACUGGAGGUGGACAGCUUUGCUCCAAGUGGGGCACAGGUCUUGCGGCGGCGGCCGCAGCACCGCGGCGCGGCGCGGCGGCACUUCGAGCGGAUCCUGGGCGCCAGGCACCCGGCGAGCAUCCGCCUCCACCGGCGUUUGCAGCGGCUCGAGCAAGAGAUGCAGUUGCAUGGCGCCACAUCAGCACCUUUGAGUGAAACGCUUCACCGGAAGCGUCGCUGGUACAAGUCAAAGUCGCAUCAGAAGGCCUACAAGCAGAGCAUGGACUUGGCCGCGCGGAAGACGCACUUGUGGCGCUCCUUGAACAGGCAUCGUUUGGGAGGCUUCGAGCCUCACUUGGUUCGUGGCCGAUUUGUCGAGCCAGGCUCCAGCAAGAAGGCCUCAACUCGGUCUUCCAUUCUCAGUUUGGAGCAGUCAGUGGUCUUGGCCAGGACGUUGGGUGGGGCCACUUUGGGCCUACCAGGUGCAGAGGAGCUUUUGCAGCAGUUAGGCGACUACAGUGCAAAGGUUGCAAAUCUGGAGAAGACCAGCCCUUUGGAGAGACAGAGGACGCUGGUGGCCUUGAGCCGCCUGGCCAGCGCGUUGGACCGUCGGAGCCCGCGGCUCUUCGAGGCUCUGGAGGCCUUGCUGAGCCAAUCGACGCUGGUGGCAUUUCUGCGCCGGAGCUCACCGCGAGCCUUGCCACGGAGCUUCUUAUCCUAUCUGCAACUGGCGGCGACGACCUGUGACGAUGCAGGCCGCUUGAGGAACGUGGUGAAUGCACAGCUGAAGGAGUUGCUGUGGAUUGGAGCGGAUGGACGUGCGCUCCUAUGGACGCUCCCAGCAGAAGAACUGGCCAGCUUGGUUGGAUCCUUGGCCAAGCUCCUGGGCGACCCAGAGAGUCUGGCUCCACGGUCACGAGCUCGUUUGCGCCGCGGUUUGUUGGCAGGCCUCCGAAGCCUCCAGUGCGAUCAGACCGGAGCAGCGCUCCCACGCGGCUGGCAGAGGCCCUUGGAGGCAAGCAGUGGCGGACCACCCAGCGCCAGCGACCUGCGGACGUUGGCGGCUGGACUCCUCUGGCUGGCGACACGGCACGAGGUUGCAUCCACGCAGAAGGUCUGCUCAGAAGUGGGCAUCUCUGCCAAGACUGCAGAGGCCACAGCGCUUUCUUGGCGAGUCAAAGAAAAAAGGUCUCAGACAGGCGAACCUGGUCGCAUGGAAUACAGUCGCACUGAGCUGCUUGGUGAAGAGGAGAAGCCAAAGGUGGAACUUCUGUGA